AUGAGUACACAGGACACAGUCAACAUAGUGCUGUUGAGGCGAAUCGGAUUUUUCGCACUAUUCAACCCAAAAACCAAGAAAGUGUUCAAUUGUAACAUUUAUCGGGUGUGUUGUGUUCUGGUGACUUUUAUUAUUGAAUGUUUGACGGUUUACGGGAUGAUCGGUUUGUUUGUCGAGACAGAAGGCAAGUUGGACAACGUUAACCUGUCCAACUUGCUGGUUUACUAUCAGGUGAACAUUCUCUGUCUGGUAGAAAUAUCCACGUUUAUAUAUAGAGCGGAAGACAUUUGGCAUUUGUAUAAAGUGACGGGCGUAAACUUCUUGACUAACAGACGGAGUCGUCAGCAUAAGCAUAUCCUUUACGAGUACCGCGAGGUGUCUAUAAUGGCAACUAAUUAUCUGUGCAAGUUUUUGGUCUUGGCCGUAUCCGCAUGGAUCUUGUAUCCACAAUUGCUAAAUUUCAACACUUUCACUGGAGUACAUGACAUAGAUAUCACGAAGACUAAACGUUUUUAUAACGUAUUCGACAUCAGGUUUCCGGUGACCACUCGGACGUACAACGAUUACUACUAUCUAUUCUACUUGAUCGAAGUAUUUAUGGUGACAUCCAUGGGAUAUUUGUUCGUAAUGUUUAAUACCAUGUUCAUUUCAUUCUCGUUCGUGCUGAUGGCCCAAUACGAGAUCGUCGCGAAUGAUUUCGCAUCAAUUGGUGACGAGCACACGAACCCCGAUGACCGAAAAAUGACCGUAAUAGGUAAAUUUUUGUAAAAAUAUUAAAUAGAUUAUAUAUAUGGUUAAUACUGUUGAUGAUUGUGCCAAUGUUUUAGGAGCGAAGUUGAAAGGGAGGAUAUACAGGCUGUCCUAUGAAGAUGUACUCCUUGAAUAUCUCCAGAGAUAA